GUACAAUCUGUUUUGAACAGACCAUCAAUCCAUAAAACAACUGGUACUUGCAACUUAAAGGCAAUUUGCAAGAACUCAAUUUGAAAAAUGAAGUUUAUGGUUUUUCUAGUUUGUUUCUGCAGUGCAAAUAUUGUCUGCCAAGUUUAUUCGCGGGAUAUAUCUGCAAGCAGAGAGAAAUUAGGAUUAAACGGAGGCAUGGUAAAUGGGCUGCCUCAGAUGCCACAGGUGGUACCCGGUGUACCAUUAUUAGUUUUCCAGCAGCCUGGUGCUCCUAAUGGGCAGCAAGGUCUAACAGGUCUGCCCCUCACACCUCAACUGAAUCCCAGUCAGCUGCCUCAGCAGGCACUUGGCGUUCCACAACUUCAAGGGCAGCUUCUUCAGAUACCUCAUGGGAUGCUGACUCAGUUAGGCUUUCCUCAACAACCUGGAGCGGGUCUGCCAUACUAUGUUAUAUUACCUCAAUCAAAUGCAGCAGGACUGCAGCAACCAGCAAACCCGGUCCAGCAGCAGGUGCAGUUACAGGGUCUGCCAGUCAAUGUUGGAAACUGUAUCCAACAACUAGCAGUCGCUCAGGCAGCUGCAGUAGCACAGGCAGCACAGGCAGCUCAAGCACAGGCAGCACAGGCAGCUCAAGCACAGGCAGCACAGGCAGCUCAAGCACAGGCAGCACAGGCAGCAGUGAAAUCUGGAAAACGAGUCAAGCACUCAGCAUCUGGAAUGGCUUAUCCAAUUGGAGAGAACGCAGCACCUGAAAGAACUAUCCAAACUCUACCAGUGAUAGAAGCCCAAGAGCCAAUUCCUGGAACUGAAAUGCCUGCGGUCACCGGGGAAGAAACACAGGUCCCCACAGGUUCAAUAGCCACUGGGCCUGCUUCAACUGGAGAAGCAAUAAACCCAUUUUCAGUCUAGGCCCAGUUCAUACUGUGUGUAUCGGGAAGCCUGCAUAAACUUAGGUGAAAAUACGACAGGACAUCUGUUCAAUGUUUUAUGCAACAAAAUAUUAUUAUCUGCUCUUCUAAUUGCAUGUUGCCAGAAGAGUAAUUAAAGCAAAAUGUAGACUGUGUAGAAGAUAUGAAGUGAUUGUACAAAAAUGCUGUUCAUGUUUUAAGUUUCUACAGAAUUACAAUAUAUGUGAAAUAUGCUUUCAUUUGUGUAACCAUCUAAUUCUCCCUGUAUUACAUAAUUUCUUUCAUGUUGCUAAUUGCUCACAUUAUA